UCUUUUGCAGCGAGAUUUGAAGGUUAAAAUUGAUAGAACAAAAGAAGAAGCAGAAAUUUUGGGAUGGACGAAGGAGGCGGAUCAGUAAAUUCAAAUGCGACGGGAACGGUGACAUCGUAUCCUUCCAAAUCGAUUUUUUCGAAUCUUCCGUUGAUAUCAGCUCUUUUCGCCUUUGCUAUUGCGCAGUCAUUAAAGGUUUUGUCCUCAUGGUAUAGGGAAGACCGUUGGGAUCUCAAGCAACUUGUUGGCUCCGGGGGCAUGCCCUCGUCCCAUUCAGCAACCGUUGCUGCUCUUGCAGUGGCUAUCGGUUUCCAAGAGGGUUUUGGAGGAUCACAAUUUGCCCUUGCACUAAUCAUGGCAUUUGUGGUGAUGUACGAUGCCACUGGAGUGAGAUUGCACGCUGGGCGCCAAGCAGAGGUUUUGAAUCAAAUCGUAUGCGAGCUUCCAUCUGAACACCCUCUCGCUGAAAGCAUGCCCUUGCGCGAGCUUCUUGGCCACACUCCUCCUCAGGUUGUUGCUGGUGCGACACUGGGAAUGGUGACAGCAGCAGCAGGCCAUUUCCUCUUCAACUAUGGCGCCCGAGCCUGAUGAUUCUCGACUCUUAUACCACUGCCUCAAGCAAAACGCAGACGUGGUGGUGCACCAGACUCGUAAGAACGAAGAUUAGAUUAGGUUUUUUUUGGAGUGCAUAUUCUUGAAUUCCAGUUUAUGAAGAAAUGUGAAUAGCAGAGUUGGCUGUAGGGAGAAAGCUACCAUUGUUAUAGGACAUGCCAUAAUCCAGUGAUUGAAAAUUGCACACUGUGGAACAUAUUUUUGGAUAUAAAAACAACAGAUAAUUCUUUACUAA